AGUUCUAAGUAACAGCGUUAAUAACUUGUUUAAAGUUGGCAUUUCAAACCGUGUCUUACAAUGGCAUCCAAAAUCUGGGGAUUCACUUUAACGCUGCUAGUUUUGUGCUUUGUCAUAAAGGCACAACAAGCUCUGGAUAUACCUGAUGUGGUGAAGAAGCAGGUGAAAAAGAUGCAUGCUCGCUGCAUGAGUACAACGGGCCUCUCUGAAGAGUUAAUGAACGAGGCGCACAAGGGCAAACUGCCAAGUGAUCAGACUUUCAAGUGCUUUCUGCACUGCAUGUUUGAUAUGUUUGGACUUGUAGACCAUAAUAACGAUAUGCACUUGGACUCUUUGCUCGAAGUUUUGCCACCGGAAAUUCAUCCCAAUAUUAAGAAAUUGGCGGAUGCAUGUGACAUGAAAAAGGGUGCUGAUGGCUGUGACACUGUCUACCAAGCGGUGCUGUGUUACUUGGAAACGGAUGGUGCGUUCAUAGCAGACGCGAUGAACGAUCUUCUCGGCUGAAGGCAAAACUCACUUGAACAAUUCCCGAUCCGCGAUUCCUAGCAGCAGCAGGCAGCGGAGAAUGCGCAACGCUUCAAUCUGUACCCGUAUUAUUUUGCCCUAUAAUUAAAAAAUUAAUAAGUGUUUAUAAUUUAACAUAUUAUUCAAUCAUUCGUACCUUCAUAUCAUCACGAUAGAAUAAAAAGUAUUUCAACCGUUCAA